UUGCUACGUAGGUCUAUUUCCGGUUUAGAUGAUUCGAUCCACGCUCCCGAAACGGUGAAUACUUCUAGCACGAAAGGCACGCUUAAGAACCGGACCCAGUUAAACAACAACGGUCAUGUUUAAGCUGGAAGGACUCGGGCCUAAAAUGGACCCAGAAGAGAUGAAGAAGAAAAUGCGACAAGAUGUCAUCUCGUCUUUACGAAACUUUCUUAUUUACGUCGCCCUUCUCAGAGCCACCCCGUAUGUGUUGAAGAAGCUGGACAGCAUAUGAGCAGAGCAGCAUGUCUCUUCUCCCGCCAUCCACUGACUCCAUCAGCCAGCAAGGACCGUCAUCAGCAGACACCUGGGGCCAUCACAGCACAUCUGGUGGACAAGACCCGUGUCUGUCCAUCACUGCACCUGACGACACACUCUGGCCUCCUUUCUUAUGUCUCGUUUCUUGUUGUAAACUUUAGUCUGCCUUUCAAGUUACAUAUAUUGUGAUAAAUGUUAAAUGGCAUGUGUGAUAGUGUGUAUGCAUGCCAUGCCCACUUUAAAUGGAAACCAUGUUUUUUUUUGUUUUUACAUAGCAGAUGUGAGCAGUCUUGUACACAUGGAAGGAAUAGUCUCAAAUUGCAUUACACAUGUACACAGCAAGUGUUAAAUCUGGAAUCACUGGCAAUAAAAAAAGAAAAGGAU